AUGAAUGUUGCCUUUGACAAAUUAUUUAAUUUAGCACCAUUACCUGAAGAAACAUCAAAAAUUUCAGACUUGAAUAAAACAGACUUUAAGUCAAUGUCUACAGCAAGUGAGUUAUGCAGAAUGACAAGAUAUGCAAGUAUAGGUUCAAAUAAACAGAAGAAAGAUUCUUACUUGGGCACCUCAGAAUCUUAUGUAAUGUUAUCACAUGAGAAUGGAUUAUCAUCUGAUAGUGGUGAUAUAAGUAACAGCAUUAUUAACAAUGAUGAUAGACAGCAAUGGACCAGUAUUAGUUAUCAAUUGAAAGUGACAAAUUGUCUUUUCGGUUUGAUGAAUUCAAGAUCAGAGUUGUCUCAUCCAAUGUGCCAAGAAUAUCUGAAAUGUUAUUGGAUAGUUUGGAUUAAAAAUAAAGAAUUGGCAGCAACUGAUAUGUUGAAAGAUAUCAAACAUGAGAGAGAAGUAUUGAAAAAAGAAUUAGAAAAAUUAGAGACAGAAACAAACCAACUUGAUGAGCUUGAAGGAAA